AUGCCAACGAUGCCAACGACACACAACAAUGGAAACGUCAUCACCAACCACCCACAACCAUUGAUGAGCGCCCAGGACAUGAAGACGAUGUGCCAGAUGUGCCACAUCGUCUGGACGGUGACAACGCAUGCUGUUGUCACUGUCCAAGCUGAUCAGGGGCCACGUCACUGUCUGCGACAUGGCAACAAUUCGACGAUGCGACACGACAACAACAGGGCACGACCACAACAGCACGACACCAACAGGGACGAGGAUGGUGCCACAUCACAACGCAACCACAACUGCCCACCAACGUCAAUGACUGCCCACGAAGACAACCACCCAUGA